AUGAUCCUGAAUAAUGAUGAGUUCAUUACACCUGCUACAAAAUUACUUGAGAAACGCAAAGAGUUAUAUGAAACUCAAGAAGCAUUGGAAAAGGAGAAAGAUAAUUUCAAACAGAAAGAAUUCAAAAAGGAAGAGAAUGACUUGAGGGAAAAAGAUCUUAAAAUUCAAGAGUCCCUGAUAAGGUUUAGUAAAUAUCUUGAAGAGAACAAAGCAGAGCAAGAGACAAGCAAGCUAGGUUUGAGAGGAGCAGAAUGGGAAGAAUUUGACAAAUCGAGCAAAUAAAACUAUUUAUUAUCUUAGAGCUGAAGUAGCAAAAGCUAAAGCAGAAUUUGAGGAGAAGGAAGCAAAGGCCAACAAAAUGAAGAUAUAUGAAGAGUUAGUCACUUAUAUAAAUGAAAGAGAAACCAAGAAUAAGCUCCAAUCUGUUAUUGAUGAGUUGAAUAAUGAAAUCGAGUCUCUUUCUCAAGUAAAGGUAUUCGGGAAAACAUUCAGUGUGAACGAUUUGAUCACCAAAAAGAUAGCUCUGAACAAUAAAAUUGCCCAGAAGAGAAAGUUAGUGGAAGAACUUGAAAAAUAA